AUGGAAACUGGAUCACACACAACCCCAUCAGGAACCGUACUGGGAACCCUCAAGUCGAUAGCCGAACUGGUAUCUGCAGACGGCCACCAGCUAGCCUCAUUCCCAACAGCAAAUCUCAAGGACGCGACCCACUACGGCUACUUUCUUGGAGUUGAGAAGACACCCCAGAAUCUACUCUUUGGAAACACCAUCAUCAUCUCGUUUCUACUCCAGCCUGUCAUCUUCUAUACGGUUUGGUUCUUGCGCUCGUCCCUAACCAAGAACCGGAAGGGCCUGGCAUGGGUCCUGACGUUCUUCUGCGCCACUGUCCUCUUCGUAACGACCUUAUUCGAAUUCGGAUACUUGCGGACAACCCUGUGGUCACUUCUCGGCUGGGAGCAGCAGGGAUCAGAUGCGGCAACAACGACAGUAUUUACACACUGGGUACCAACCUUCCAUGAAUGGGUGUUCCAACUCGGCACCAGCACCAAUGGCAGUUCGUCCUCAACAAGUACUGUCACCUUCUCUACCCUACCUUUGUAUCUUACAGACUUGGAAUCUGCUAGGCACUUGCUGCUCAGCCCACAGUUGUACAAGGACCUUGCAGGCGAGUACCUCCGUUGGUUUAUUACCCUGCCUAUCUUCUCGCUCUCUCCACUGAAGCCUACGCAUGUGUAUUCCGUGACAGCGCCUUAUUACUUGGGAGGCGGGGGGCGGCUGCUUUUCUCGCUCGAGAACUUUCCUCGUGAGUCAUGGUUCUCGUCGGUGAUGUGUGGGUACUUUACUGGAUAUUGCGCGGGCGACCUUCUACUGGGCCAGAUCCACUACAGGGAACAUGUCGGUCUGACCUCCGGCUGGGUUCAUCAUAUCCUUUACAGUUGGCUGACCUACCAGUGCGCCAAGCACAAUCUACUCUCGGAAUUCUUGAUUGCUGGAGGUCCAUUGGAAUUGCCGACUAUGUUCCUGGCCGCAGGAUUCAUAUUCCCCUAUCUGCGCGAGGAUUUCUGGUUUCCAACAUCAUUCUUGUUGGUUCGGAUCUUCUACGUCGCGUUCAUGUGGCACGAGGUCCAUUUCAAUUUCCCCACACCCACCGGAGGAUCGGGCAUCUAUUUUGCUGCAUUGAUGCUGCAUGUCAAUUGGCUCUCAAGAAUCGAUCGAUACUGCGACUUUGGUUACAACUUCCAGAAGUAA